CGCCAUAUUUGUUAUCGCAGAUUCGACAGAAACCUCUGCAGAAGUAAUUUAAGUAUAAUGGAUGCAUUUAAACUGCGCUCUGGUAAUACAAACACGGGUUAAAUCGUUUUCGAUGCGUUUUUACCUAUUCUUAAUUUAAAAAGAAUGGAUCCAGUGCAAGCAGACGGUUCAUCAGUCUUCAUGUGCAAAAUAUGCAACUUGUUCUCUCCCAGUAAACCAUUGCUGCUGUCUCAUGUUACUGAGACUCACUCCAAUGAAGGAGGGGAUCCUGACACUUUUAUUAUAGCACUUAAGCCUUUAACAACUCAGGAGCCACAGAGUUCAGAAGUUGUUGUGAAAAGAAAGCGUGGAAGACCAAAAGGCUCUACUAAGAAAGUCCAACCAGAAACGGUACAGAAAAUAACACCCAAUCAGCAGGAGAAAGAGUCCACUGCAAUACAACCGGUGGCAGUAGCCGAAGAGCCAUGUGAGGAUGGCAGUGAUCUGGAGUGCAAGAAAUGCAAUCGCGUAUUCAGCAACAGGCGACAAAUCUCCAAACACAUUUGCUUUGUAGGACUGAAAGAGGCUGCUGAUGAAGAAGAGUAUGGUAAUAAUACUGAUGCAAAUACAAUCAGUGAUGGAGAAGAGGAGAAAGAGAGGACACCAAAGAAAGCUCGAGCGAUGCGGACAGAUAAACUGUCCAGUGCAAAGGACCCUGAAUCAGCAAGCGGCAACAAAAACCCUAUUAUUAGUGUGGUCCUUACCAGUCACGAGGCCAUGCCUGGUGCCUCUAAGAUAGUUCCUAUUGAAGCAGCUCCAGCUGAACCAUCCACCCAGACGGUUGCAGAUGCAGGUUCCCAGGAGGCAGCAAUGAAAAGGGGAUACCAGGAAUAUGCCAUUCAGCAAGCUGCUUAUGAAGCACCCCUCAAAUCAAACAGGUUAGGACAGACGCAGCUUAAAAUCUUCACAUGUGAAUACUGCAAUAAAGUCUUCAAGUUCAAACAUUCACUGCAGGCUCACUUAAGAAUCCACACCAAUGAGAAACCAUUCAAGUGCCCGCAGUGUGACUACGCCAGCGCUAUAAAGGCCAAUCUUAGUGUUCAUAUACGGAAACACACCGGCGAGAAAUUCAGCUGUGAGCUGUGCUCAUUUAAUUGCCUCAGUAAAGGACACCUCAAAGUGCACGUGGAGCGAGUGCACAAAAAGAUCAAGCAGCACUGCCGAUUCUGCAAGAAGAAAUACUCUGACGUGAAGAACCUUCUUAAACACAUCCGCGAGACUCACGACAUGAACGACAAGAAAGUACAGGACUCCUACAAUGAGUACAGCCUCCAGACCAGGGAGGGCAAGAGACAGCUUCUGUACAACUGUCAAAUAUGCGACCGCAAGUUCAAGAACGAGCUUGAGCGCGACCGUCACAUGAUGGUUCAUGGCAACAAGAGACCCUUCGGCUGCGAGCUAUGCGAUCACGGCUCAACCAAAUUCCAAGCCUUGCAAGCCCACAUCCGAAAGCAUCCCUUCAUCUACGUGUGUGCCAUUUGCCAGGAAAAAUUUGUCAGCUCUGUGCGACUUAAGUCGCAUCUCGGAGAGUUCCACCCUGAAACGGAUGAACCCUCUGCUUUUGCAGACUCCAUCAAUUCCAGCUUUUGCUUGCUCAAACCAGGUGAUGACAUUCAGAAGGACAUGUUGAAUCAGGAUGAGCUUAAGAUCACAGAAGAGCUGUCGCAGCUCAAUGCCCAGGAGCUGUUAACCACAGAAGUGACUUGCAUGGCUCAAGAGGACCUUCAAACUCAAUGCUCUGAUAGUUUAGUGGUGGAGUCAGACCUUCUUGUACAGAACUCACAGGAUGGAAAUCCUGUUUCAGACAGUAUAAAUAAAACAGACACGUCUGCUGAAGCACAAACACAAGAGAUGGUCUGUGAAGAUGUAAUAAAUUCCCAAAGACUUCAAGAUGAUCCACUUAAAAUGGAGUGCUGUAUGACAGAAGAUCAGAAUCCUGCUCAAGAAACUGCACCUCUGACGCCUGAAAAAGCACAAACGCACUCAGAGCAGCUAGUAUCAAAGGAUACAUUUCCUCAAACCGAGGAAGAGGCGAUUGUGCCACAAACUAAUGCCGAUGAGGACUUACUCGGUUCAGAGCAAGAAGAAAUAUCUUCUUUCAAGCAGAUUGUAGAGCAGAUGCAAAAACGACAGCUUAACAUGGACGUUUUUGAACGGAUCCGGAAAGUAUAUGGAGACCUUGAAUGUGAAUACUGCGGUAAGCUUUUCUGGUAUCAGGUGCACUACAAUACGCAUGUGCGAACGCACACGAAAGAGCACCUCCAUUACUGUUCUCAGUGCAAUUAUUCCUCCAUCACUAAAAACUGCCUGAAGCGGCAUGUCAUCCAGAGACAUUCUGACAUCCUGCUGAAGUGUCCCUCUGAAGGAUGUCAGUACUGUACACCUGACAAAUACAAACUUCAGGCUCAUCUCAAAACCCAUUCGGACAUAGUCAAAAAAAGUUUUAUAUGCCCAGUAUGUCAAGAGUCUGUUCCCGAGGACAAAGUUAGAGCUCAUAUCAAAAGCAACCAUCCGGAUGUGUCGCUGAACUACAUCUCGGAAACGUUGGGAAUACGUGUACAUGUGAAAGGAGUGAUCGGGAAACGAGCUUCCAAAUGCCCGUACUGUGAUUGUUUCUUCACAAGGAAUGGGGCAGAUCUUCAGCAGCACAUAUGGGCUCAUGAAGGACUGAAACCGUACAAAUGUUCACAAUGUGAUUAUGCCUCAAGAAGUAAAAGCAACCUCAAAGCUCACAUGAAUAGACACAGUACUGAGAAAGCACAUCUUUGUGACCUCUGUGGAAAAAAGUUCAAGUCUAAAUGCACUCUGAAAAGUCAUAAGCUCAUGCACACAGCAGAUGGAAAGCAGUUCAGAUGUACUGAGUGUGACUUCACUGCUGCACUGAGACCGCAUCUCCUUCGUCACAUGGAGCAACAUGCUUCUUUCAAACCUUUUCGUUGUGCACACUGCCACUACUCGUGCAACAUUUCAGGUUCUCUGAAAAGACACUAUAACAAAAAACAUCCCAACGCUCAGUAUAUCAAUGCUGGAUCAGGAGUGUCCACUUCCGAAACUGUGACAGAGCAAGGUGGAGUCAAAUGUCCUGUUUGCAAUUACGUUUAUGGCACUAAAUGGGAAAUGAACAGACACCUAAAGAGCAAACAUGGUCUCAAAGUGGUGGAGACUGACAGUCUUGUUCUGAAUCAGUGGGAGGUAGUGGAGUCAGUGGAGGAGCCGGCCAUGCAGUACCUUCAUAUAGCUGAGACUGAGGAUCCACAAGGAACAGAGACUGCUGUAUCAGCUCUGCAGGACCUGCGCUUCAACACACAAAAUGGUGUUGUGUCUGCGGCAGCGGGAGACAGACUAGACCCGGCAUCUGUCAACAUCCUGCAGCAGAUAAUUGAACUGGGCUCAGAGAAUCAUGAUGCCGCUGUGGCUUCUGUGGUUGCCAUGGCUCCCGGUACAGUUACUGUUGUAGAGCAGGUGGAGCAGGAGGAGCCGCAGGCCAAUCAUGCCAUGAUGAUCCAGGAUGCACUGCAGCAGGCCACAGUGGGCCUGGGAGAAGAGCACCAUCUAGUGGUGUCUUCAGAUGAAAUGGAGGGCAUCAAAACUGUUACAGUGUAUACGCAGGAAGAUGCAUCCCAGUUCAUAGUCUAUGUUCAGGAUGCUGUGCAAACUGAGGAGACCAGCACAGUAUAGAGCAUAGUAAGACAAUACAUAUGGGGUUUUAAAACUACUAGCUAGCUAGUUCAAAUGCUGUUCAAGUGUUUUCUUCUAGUUUUUCUUUUGCUGUAGUUACUCCAGUCAGGUCUUGAAUGGACUAUUGCAGCCAUACAUAUAGAUUAUAGGGACCUAUCUUGCACAAUUGUAAAUAAUCUGAAAUGAAAAGUAGCAGUGAAUAGUCAGCCUCAUGCUACAAAAAAAAUAGAUAUUUUUCCUGACAGAAGCAUUAAGUCUUUGCAAAAAUCUUGAGACCUAAUCACAGUAAAGCCAGCUGCACAUAACUAAGAAUCUAUUUUAGAAAUGUGAUUUUUUUAUUAUUAUUAUUUAGAAUAUUUUUCAUGUACCAUCAUUGUAAGCAUGUAUGCAACAGUUACUGUGUGACUCUGGCCUCCUCCACACUUUUUAUAUAAAGCUCCCAUACAGUGUAUGGCUAUCAUAAUAGUAAACUGAGUUAUUUAAUGUGUGGUGUUGUGUAUUAUUGAGAUACUUCAUUAAUUAAUUUAAUAACAUUUCAUAAUUUCAUUUUUCAUAUCAUUCAUGAUUUUACAAGUGAAACUCACUUUAAAGCUGUGCACCAAUACAGCAUCAACUACACUACCAUUCAAAAGUUUUAUGGUAGGUGAGAUUUUUGAAAU